GUGGCCAAGAGUGCAGUGCGAUGGUAGGGCGAGGGGGCUGUUUGGAGCGGGGUGUAGAUGACCAGUCAGGACAUAUACACCGCUGUCAAGUAACAGGAUACACUUUGUAUAGAGAGAGAGGGAAAGGCAAAGUUUUUCCCUGAUAGAGCUAUUGUGGAGGCUCACUACACAACAUGUACCUGAACGUGAACUUAACUCCGCCGCCAGCAGCGGCUGGUGAGGGCUCCUGCACUACACCCAAAACACCGGAGAUCCUCAACUCCCUCAUCAACCUGACUAGUCCACCCCUGCCACACUAUUCUCAAUACCAAAAUCAGGUGGAAGGUGGGGCUCUACUAAGUCCUAUUAGUGACAUGAGCAGCCCUGGUGAAGAGUCCACAGUCACAUCCCUGAGCAGCAUGUGCCAUGGCAGAGAAGACUCCAUAACACGACGGAUGAGUGAUCCUGUGGCUGCCAAUGGUGGCUUUCCUGGCGGUGGGGGUGGUGGAGGUGGCUUGGUGGGCGGGUCCCCCGGCACCUCAGGUAUGGGCGGCCCCCUGGCUGGGGCAUCGCCCCCCUCCACCCCUGACUUGCCUUCACCUGUCAAUACAGUGGAAGCUACAAAAUCAGCUCUUAUCAAAGAGGGUCUCAAGCUACAAAUACGUACCAAAUUGCAAGCUGCUGGCGUCGAUACUCCUGAAUCCAUCCUCGAAGACACCAAAUAUAUCAAGGAUGAAAAUAGCGAUCUGACUGAGGAGGAUGAGGAGCGGAGACGACGGCGGCGAGAGAGAAACAAGAUAGCAGCCACAAAGUGUAGGAACAAGAAGAAGGAGAAGACCAUUGUGCUCAUGACCGAAUCGGAGUCGGUGGAAGAUAUGAAUGUUAGGCUCAAGACGGAGAUACAGAGGCUGACCACAGAGAAGAUGAACUUGGAGAAGCUGCUUGAGGACCCAAAACAUCUUGCAUUCUGCCGCCAUUCCCCACGUUGUUCCAAGCCCUUACGACCACCACUUGUUAUAGUCACACCAGCAGACUCUCCUGACACCACCUCGAGCUCUUGUUCAUCCUCUCCUACUUCCUCUACCUCGUCUUCUUCCUUGGACAGCCCUACCUCCCCACCCCUCACCAGUCCUAACAGCUAUAAGGCUCCUCCCCAGACUGCUCCACCUGCUACCCAAGUCUCCUCAACCAUGAUAACUCCUAGUGCAACUUCCUGUGCCUCAUCUUCAUCGCAAUUUCUGGCACCAAAAUACAGCCUUUCUCAGAACCUGAAUCAAAGGCAUCAUCCAUACCAGUGCCCAGGUCGCUCUCAGCAGCCCUCAGCUGCCAUGGGGGAGAAACCACUUUAUGGAAGUCCACCCUCUCCCACUGGCACCCACAAUAAGCCUGCUUACAGCAGCUAUUCAUGCAUGGGAGUACCUCGGACUCUAGAAUUUUUACCACCAAAUCCACCAUCUCAGAAGUCAGUAUAUACAACACCCAAGUCACGCAAUAGUACUUUAGUGCGUUAUAAUCCAUACAAUGGACGUUCUCCGCCUGUACCAUCCCCACUGGUCACCCAUGCCCACCCACAGCCAGGGCCACUGCCUUGUGGGGACACAUAUAUUCAGUCAAACAAUAACAAUGGGUGCGGACGUGAGGACCAGCAAACCUACGUGACAGACACUCGCACAAAUCAGUUCUUUCCUCCAUGCUCAUACAGCAGCAUGUGACCCACAGCCGGGGUAAUUUAACCCCAGCUGGUUUUUGGUUCUAGAUUAGCAUGUUAUUCUGUAUGAGUGACAUGCCUUCCAAGGUGGGCUUCUUGUAAAUGUUGUACAUUACCACAGGUUAUUUUUUUAAGGUUGCUCCACUUCCUGGAGGGUUAAUGCCAGUCUCUUAAGGCUGCUGCACAAGUUUGCUUUAAUCCUGGCCUGUAAUUUUGGGGUAAACUUUAUACAAGUUCGCUUGCCUUGUAUUUUAUUUUAUUUUUUUUUUUUUGCUGAAGGAUAAGUUUUGUUGUUGCAUGUUGUUGUAUUAGACCUCGUAUUUUCUGAUGGUAUUGAACACUUAGCCAAGAAGCAAGAUUGCACCAUGUCAAUAUUGUGUUAGUUGUUGCCCUGUUCUUGGUAGUGCUGGGUUUGUGUGUGUGUGCGUGCGUGUGUGUGUACGAACGAGAGCUCCAGAGCCUGGUCACUUAGGAAUAGCACCUCUCUUAAGACAUAUCUGUUAUAUUUCUCAAGUGUCCUGGUUUACGUGAUCCAUACAUAUAUAUUUUUAUUAGCUUUAUUUUCAUAACUGAAAUGUUGGCAAAUAUAUAACAUGAUGCUAAACGAUUUAGUACAAAACUCCACAUUCCUCUCUCCCUGUAUCACGGUGAAGGACGUAUCAGAGUGUGGCCACUCCAGGUCUUGUGGUCCCCACCACCAGCAGGUCUGUAGUGCCACUCCAAAUGGACCACACUCCUGCAGUGUUGGCCACACUCGCUCAGCAGCUGCACUUAAAUGUCAACAGCUUGCCAAGUGCAGUUCUGUACUAUUACCCAUCAUCAGUAUUCCACCUGCUGUUACCUGACUUUGAAUUAGUGUGAUCUCUCUAUGGAGGCAACACAAUAUUUAAGACUAUCUCAUUGCAGACAGUGAGGCCAUGUUUGUGUGUAUCGCACCCUUCGUGUUUGUGAAGGUGUUUGUAUACUGUACAUUAUCCCUUUUUAUGUAUUGUCAGUCACUAGGCAUCGGCCGCUGGUGUCCCAAGUGAAGAGCCUGGGAAGGCCUGGUGCCCGUCUGAUGCAAUUAGUGAUUGACAGGUGGUGGGCUGCCUGGGGGCCAGGUGCCCCUGCUGCUCCCACACCUGAACUGCUACCUACCCUUACCAGCCCCAAGUUCCAAACAGCUGGCUGUUAGGGGAACUAAUUGUCCAUUGUUUUGUCUUGCGUAUACUGCUCAGAUAUCCCAUCCCCUACUCUAAAACAUGCCUGCAUUGUCUAUGAAACACUAUUAGUAACUGCAGGUAUCAUGCCAGCUUGAAUGUACAUGACUACUGAGCCAUUAGGUUAUAUUUGACUACACAAAUUUUACGAGGUCUGAGACCUUGUGCAGAUUCAUUUUGUUGUGCAUUGCCAUUAUGAACAUAUUCUGAGGCUUUAGCACGAUUUGUUUUACAACCCUCUUUUUUUUUUUUAAUUAAUUUUCUUUCCUGCUCAUCCAUUUCCUAAUCCUUACUGAAUGUCUGUUGCUUAUGUACUGGCAGUAGAACCUGACUUUUUUACCUGCCCCUUGCUGCUUCCAACUUUUGAGCAAGAUAGGGAGGAAAGGGCAAAAGGCCAAUGGUGUCAGGUGCUAAAAUAUAGUCUGCUUCCCUGGCCGCCAUGACCCUACUGUCGCAGUUCUAUGCACCAGUAGUUACUAAGCCGUCCAGCUCUACCUGCUGCAUGGCAGCAUUGAGUCCUAUCAUGCAAAACCACGAACUCGAUCAUGUUUGAUAAAUCUCACGAAAAUUAAUUAGAAAUGGACGGCCGCGGUGGGUGAGGCAAAGUUUGUUAAACAAGUUACCCACUCACAUUUGGCAAUACUGCCGACGCUGCCCCACACUACCGCCACACUCGAUCACACGCAACUGAACGACUUAAAACGAAACUACAACGAAAACGACAUCACUGAUCCAGUACCCCUCACCGCCGGGAGCACCAGCCAUUGACCCUGUCGAGGCUGAGGGCUGGUGCCCCAUGCCCUUUCCCAUGAGCGGUGACAUUCCAGGUGUGGGGGGUACUUGUGAUCUUGGUGACACUGACCUACACAUCAACUAUGUCUUCCUCCUGCAAAUAUAUGUGGGAAAAUCUGAUUGCGAUAUGUACAUUAUUCUGCUAUUGAAAAUGCAAUGAGAAACUUACAUUGGCAUCAUAUUAAGUUGGGCAUGUAUAUAAAAAGACAUUAUCUAAGCAUUUACUAUCCACUGCUAAUGUGCUAUCAAAUAUUUUUAUAAAACUGCUUCACUGAAGACAAAGCAGAUUAAUAAAUUUGCAAUAUACUUA